AGGAAGGUUCAUAAUUCAUUAUUUUUAUUGGUUCUCACAUUACUAAAUCAUAUUGUUAUAAAAGAAACUUCACAUACUACUUAAAUUCACACGAAGCUAGACUUAAAUUCCCCUGAAAAUUAAGCUAGCUAGAAAAUUAUAAACAUGGCAUGGUCAACCUCUUCCAAUACUCCUCAACAAAAACAUGAAGUGUUCCUUAGCUUUAGAGGCGAGGACACACGCUACACCUUCACUAGCCAUCUUCACGCUACUUUGACCAGACUUGACGUCGGAACAUAUAUAGAUUAUCAUCUUCAAAGAGGGGAUGAGAUAUCGUCCGCACUUCUUAGGGCCAUUGAGGAGGCAAGCCUUUCCGUCGUUGUUUUCUCCAAAAACUACGGAAACUCUAAGUGGUGUUUGGACGAGCUUGUGAAAAUACUAGAAUGUAAGAAGAUGAGGGGGCAAAUUGUUUUGCCAAUUUUUUAUGAUAUAGAACCGUCUGAUGUUCGCAACCAAACGGGAAGUUAUGCGGAUGCAUUCGUUAAACAUGAGGAGCGAUUUCAUGGGAAUUUGGAGAGGGUGCAAAAGUGGAGGGAGGCUUUGAGAGAAGCAGCCAAUCUCUCUGGCUGGGAUUGCUCUACCAAUAGGAUGGAAUCUGAACUUCUUGAGAAAAUUGCGAAGGAUGUAUUGGAAAAAUUAAAUCGAGUUUAUGUUGGUGACUUAGAUCAAAAAAUUGCAAAGUAUGAGGAACUUGCGAAGCUACAAUAUCAAUUCUUUGUGAGCACACUGAACACCGUUGAUUUGAACAAACAUAACGCAACUGUUGCACGUAUCACAGAACUUAAAAUGGAGAGAAGUCUUCGUUUGCUUCGCGUGACUCCUGACAUGCUUUAAAUGUUGGAAACUAAUCAUCAAGUGAUGAUGAAUUUCUUCCAUUUCAAUGUAUGAGUUUUAUGAGAAAUCAAUUGUUAGUUUUAUGUUUAUAAAGAAAAUCAACUGUUAGUUAUUCAGUAAAAGUUUGACAUUUUAUUAUCAAUAGGUGAAGUUUAAAAUAGAAUGUUGGUUAUCAGUUGGCAAAUUCUCUUUUAUCCAUAUUUUGUUGAUGGAUAAUAUAGUUGUCAUCUUUUUAAUUUAGUGACGUUUA